GAACGGAAAGCUUUCACGCGCGCGCGCGAAUUUCCAUCCAACUAUCGAUAAACCAAACCAAGCAAACCGUGUCGCACUGACCGCGUCGUCGUUGUAAGUUUGUUAUUGAUCGUUUUCGGAAUUUUUUAGGUCAAACGAAAAUGUCUAUAAAAAACAUGGCAAAAAUGUCCCAGCGCGAAAAGUUUGAGUUUAUCGAUUCGGAAGUGCGAUGUUUUUACGAAUACUGCAAAGAAGCUGGAAUGACGGACGAAGAGAUGGAUAUUUUAUGCCGCCCUUUGACUAAUGUUGUGAAGAAGGCCGCAAUAAAGAGAUGGACAAAGGUGGCCCUCUUCAUGAUCAUGGUUCUAGCCAUCGGCUAUACCGUGGGUCGCACCGAGACGGCCCAAUGGCACGCGAGCGCGGUGGGACGAAUUUUCCUGGUGAAGAUUCUACCUUUCUGGGAUUGGACCACUUUGUACUACAGCAAAUGUUUAAUAAACAGAUCGCAGCCACAGAAUAUUGAAACUAACAUUGUCUCCACGUCACACUGCAUCAGCUGCGAAGCAGUUCGCAACGUGGCGCGCGUCUCCGACACGAGCUACGGCGAGGUGUUCGGGCACCACCUGCUCCGCGGAGCACCCGUCGUGGUGGCGGACGCGCUGGCCUGGACGCGGCCCGGCCUCAACCUCUCCGCCGUCAUACACGGCGACAACCGCCUGCGAGACUCUGUCCCCUGCCGUCUGCUCACCAACAUCCGCAUCGCACGACAACCCAUGGACCUCGAGGAAAUAGUCUCCCGAAUCACCAACACAAACAUCCCCAACUUUUUCGUACAUUUCCAAAACUGCGACAUUAGAGCUGUUAAGUCCUUCAGGGUUUUAGCGCCGAGACCGUAUUUCUUGUCCCCUCACAUACCGCCGUCACACUUCAACUGGGUGCUUGUGUCUAAUAACUACGAUACGGAUAGAUACAAGUAUUUGGAGCUGGAUGUCGGGUUGAUUAUAAUGUCUCAGCUUAAAGGUAAGAACGUGAUACGGCUUAAACCGCGGUUGCCGUGUGAAGACGAAUGUUCAACGCUGAACUUCGAGCUUCACGAGGGAGAGACCUUGGUCCUGGGCAAUGCGCUGUGGGACUUCGAGUAUUAUCCCGGGAAAUCUGGGGAAAACCUGGCGAUGAUCACCGAAACUGACUGGAUUGAGUCAUAAUAAGAGAUUACGAUGGGGAAACUUUACUGUAAAAGUAAUUAUAUAUCUACCUAGUGUGUAUCGUAGAUAACUUUGAUGUAGUCGUGUUAGUGAUUCCUGAAGGGCUCGUGUUGUCAAUUUUUAAA